AUGGACAUCCUUGAUGCCGAUGAUGAUGCUAAUGAGCUAGAUGUUGCUCUCUUGAUUGAAUUCGGGAAUCUUUCUACUGAAGAGAGACGUGUUCUAGAUCAACCCAUUCAAGAGAAUCCUCAAGAAGAAGAAGAAGUAAUUGUUCAAGAGCUUGAACAAGCCCUUCAAACGAAUGAAGAAGAAGUUUUUGAAGAAGAUUUUGUUGAGGAGGCUGCUCAAGCUCCUAUUGAAGAAAAUACUGUGAUAUCCUCUUUUGAGGAACAGGAUCAAUACGCAAGUUAUGCAAAUCCCCUUCUAUUCCCCAACACCAUUGUGGGAAGUGUUCAUGAAAAUGUCAACAAUCCUCUCCAUUACUCUAGAAAUUUGUUUGAGAUAUUUCAGAGAGCUGAAAUUGAAAUAUUAGAAGAGGAGAAGAAUGAAGCUAUUAAGGAAUUUGUUGACUCUAUUGCAAGGAAGUUUCAAGCAAAGGAGAACGCAAAAGUUAAUGCUGAAAGAGAUCAACCUCGAAUCACCCAAGGCGAGUCAAGUAGAAGAAGUGACGGUGUGUCAACCGGCACUAGACACAGACGAGCUCCAAGCAACGAUGAUAAUCCUAGGCCAAACAAGAGAGGUGGAGGUCGAAGCGGUGGUGAUCAUGGAGGACGAAGCAGUGGUGGUGGUCGUGGUAGGAAAUCUGGCUCUGAUCAAAGAGGUCGUGCCAGUGGCGGUGAUCGUGGUGGUAGAUCAAGUGGAAGCGGUCGUAGUGGUCGCAGCUUUCCUCCUUUUCUCAACAUAUUAACCGGCCAAGACAUGAGUCCAACCGAUCCUUAA